AUGAAGUUGUUUGUGGAUGUUCUAGUAGUUUUAGAUUUUGUGAAAGAGGAGGGAGGGUCAUUGGAAAACCGUCAACAAGCAUCUAGAAUCUUAGCAUAUUUUAAAUCAUAUGAGUUCGUGUUUUACUUACAUAUGAUGUAUGACAUUUUAUACCUCACGGGUAAAUUAUCAAAGCAACUUCAAAGAAAAGAUCUAGACAUUUUAGAAGCGGCUUCGAUGAUUAGAGGCACAAUGGAGGCAUUACAAUCUUUUAGAAACAUAGGGUUUCCUAGCAUUUUGCCAAAAGUAUCCUCUUUUUGUCAAACACACGAAAUUGAUACUUUGAAUAUGGAAGAGUUGUAUAUUGGUGCGAGAAACCGUAGGACUACAAAGGCUAAUAGGUUUCAUUUUGAGGUUGAAAUCUACAACACGGUGGUAGAUAUGCAACUUACAGAAUAUCGGGAUCGAUUUAGUGAAACAAGCACCGAAUUACUAGAAUACAUGGGUGCUUUGAGCCCUUGUGAUUCAUUUGCACAAUUUGACAAAUCAAAGUUAUUGAAGUUGGGUAAGUUAUACAAGUAUGACUUUAAUGAUUCAGAUAUGAUAGACCUUGAAGGACAACUUGAGAUAUCACUCUUGCAUCAAAGAUGA